CCGCCCGCCCCUCACCCAGCGGCCCCGGCGCGGCGGCAGCGGCGUGAGGCUCCCGCGCCUUCCCCGGUGGCGGAAUCCCCGAGGAGUUCUUAACUUUUGGAAAAAGCGGGAAAAUGGCAUCAGAAGACAUCACUAAGCUUGCAGAGUCACUUGCCAAAACCAAAGUGGGUGGUGGACAGUUGAGCUUCAAAGGCCAGAGCCUUAAACUCAACACAGCUGAGGAUGCUGAAGAAGUGAUCAAGCAAAUUGAUGAAUUUGAUGGCCUGGAAGCCUUGCGCCUGGAAGGCAACACAGUGGGUGUGGAGGCAGCAAAGGUUAUUGCCAAAGCCUUGGAGAAGAAAAGUGAGCUCAAGAGGUGUCAUUGGAGUGACAUGUUCACAGGCAGGCUCAGGUCUGAGAUCCCUCCUGCUUUGAUCUCUUUGGGGGAUGCACUCAUCGCUGCUGGUGCUCAGCUGGUGGAGUUGGACCUGAGUGACAAUGCCUUUGGGCCAGAUGGUGUGCGUGGCUUUGAGGCUCUGCUGAAGAGCCCUGCAUGCUACACUCUGCAGGAACUCAAGCUCAAUAACUGUGGCAUGGGCAUUGGUGGUGGGAAGAUAUUGGCAUCUGCUCUGAAAGAGUGUCACAGGAAAUCAAGUGCCCAGGGCAAGCCUCUUGCUUUAAAAAUAUUUGUGGCUGGCAGAAAUCGCCUGGAGAAUGAUGGUGCCACUGCCCUGGCUGAAGCCUUUGGGAUCAUUGGGACUCUGGAAGAGGUCCAUAUGCCACAGAAUGGAAUUAACCAUCCUGGCAUAACGGCACUAGCACAGGCCUUUGCUAUCAACCCACUACUUAAGGUUAUAAACUUGAAUGACAACACCUUCACAGAGAAAGGAGCUGUGGCGAUGGCAGAGACUCUGAAGGCACUUCGUCAGAUUGAAGUGAUCAACUUUGGGGACUGCCUGGUCCGUUCCAAGGGUGCUGUUGCUAUUGCUGAUGCUGUUAAAGAAGGGCUUCAUAAAUUAAAGGAACUGAAUUUGUCUUUCUGUGAGAUCAAGCGAGAUGCUGCUCUGACUGUUGCUGAAGCUAUCGAAGAUAAGACAGAGUUGGAGAAGUUGGAUCUCAAUGGUAACUGUCUGGGAGAAGAGGUGUGUGAGCAGCUCCAUGAGAUCCUUGAAAGCUUCAAUAUGGCAUCAGUGCUGGGGUCUUUGAGUGAUGAUGAAGGGGAAGAGGAUGAUGAUGAGGAAGAGGAAGAUGAUGAUGAGGAGGAGGAAGAGGAGGAGGAACAGCAACAGCUGAAGGAGAGAGGAACGGAAGAACAGGAGUCACUGACUCCUAAGAAGAUAAUUGAUUCACAGGCUUCAACUCCUGUGCCAUCUCCUCCUGUGGAUGUUGCCACCUUCCUUGCUUUCCCAUCACCAGAGAAACUGCUGCGACUAGGACCAAAGUGCUCUGUGCUGAUAGCUCAGCAGACAGAUACAUCUGAUGUAGAGAAAGUAGUUGCAACCCUCCUAAGAAUAUCCUCAGUCUUCAAAGAUGAGGCCCCAGUGAAAACAGCAGUGCAUGAAACAACAGAUGCCUUGAUGAAAAAAGCCUUCAGUUCUGCCACAUUUAAUUCAGAUGCAUUCAUCUCAAGCCUCUUGGCCCACAUGGGACUACUUAAGAGUGAAGAGAAGAUCAAAACUGUACCAAGCCUCUAUGGUAUUCUUAUGACCUUGAACCAUAUAGUCCAGCAGGAUUACUUCCCUAAAUCCCUGGCCCCAGUUCUCUCAGCUUUUGUUACAAAGCCCAACCGUGCUCUUGACUCCUGUUCAUUUGCUCGCCACAUGCUCUUACAGACCCUCCACCAGCUGUAGGAGACGAGAUGUGCCCUUCCUUCCCCGUAGGAUUGUCAUCAGCAGAGAACUCGGAGCCACAGAGUGGGAGAGGAUCCCAGAGCCCAUACAGACAUGCUGUCCUUUUCUCUUUUUCCCCUGUAGGAAAUCUGUCAUUCCUUCUGCUUUCAUAAACUUGAACAAAUCCAGUUGAAUUGUCCUCCUGCUUCUCUUGGUGAUACCCUGGUCUGUAGGGCAGAUGCUUACGCUAAAUUAAGUCUAAACUGCUGUGAGCUCAGCAUGAUUUUAAGAGUUCUCCAUUUUUGUUGCAUUGGCAAGGGUGCCAAGACUAACACAGGGCCCAGAAGAGCUCUCAUCUGGAUCUACCCAGUUGGGCAUUUUGUUUUAUUGGACUUUGAUUCCUGCCUUAUAGCAUUUAGCACUGUGCCAGAGGGAGGCUCUGCUGCUGCUACUGCCCUGCUUCUCUGGGCCAAGGGGUUGCUGCUCAUGGCUCAGAGGGGUGAGGUGUGAUCCCCUAGUUCUUCUUUCAAGUCUGUUGUCAAAAGCGGUGUGUGGCCAAUGUUUAUUUUAAUAUACUCUUCCCCUUCUGCUGUGUCUUGGAAUAUUUGUGUAGUGUGGCUGAUCUUGGUGGCCAUUGCUUAAGGGAGUGAACAUAUUUUAUUGUAAUUUUUUUUUUUUUUAUAUUGCUUGUGUUGUUUAUUCUUCCUGCUCUUUUCCUUCUCACCCUAAUUAAAUAGUCUUGGUUUGGAAAUAAUUAUAAUCCAUGAAAUCCCAGUGGAACGUGUCCCUUUCUCCUCCCUUUAACAAAACACUGGGCCUGUGUACUCUGUUCACAUGCUUGAGAGCCAAGCACGUGUGAAAAUAUGGAGAGAGAAGGUUGUGCUUUUCUCUGAACAAGUAGCAGCAGGUGCCCCUAAAUCUGUCUGGAGGAUUGUCCAUAUGCCCAUACGUGCCUUGGAACCACCAUGACAUUCCUUCAUACAACUUACAAAUGUUUACGUUGGUUGCCUGAAAUGUUAUGUAAAUAAAAAUUAACUCCACAGCCCUAUAAUCAUUUAUAAAACC